UGGCUGUAACGGGCGGGGUUUCCUGCUUGCUCCCUGUACCAUGUUUGAGAUGUCUCCUUAACAACCGAUGCGAGUCAAACAGGAGAAGUUUUCUUCAGACAAACGUUUGGAGUCGGAAUGGCUGGGACUGGUGAGGGAAAGAAGGAAGAGGCCGACUACAAGAGACUGCACAGCUUCCCUCUCAUCAGACACACAGACAUGCCAGAGGAAAUGAGGGUUGAGACCAUGGAGUUGUGUGUAACAGCCUGUGAGAAAUUUGCUACCAAUAACGAAAGCGCGGCUAAGAUGAUAAAGGAGUCCAUGGAUAAGAAGUUUGGAAGCUCAUGGCACGUGGUGAUUGGCGAGGGCUUCGGCUUCGAGGUCACACACGAAGUGAAGAACCUGCUCUACAUGUUUUUCGGUGGGAGCCUGGCUGUCUGCGUGUGGAAGUGCUCUUAGCGCCGGUCCCCUCUCCGUGCCCUCCGCCCCGCCGACGCGCUCACCACGCUGGGAAUCGACGCCGGCCCAGACGCUGGCUCCGUUUCACCCACGGCAGAUCAGUUCGUCCGAGCUACCAGCCACUGUGGCAGAGAAAGGAAGUACUUGUUCAUGAAUAAAAUACCGUUAUUUCACCUUUCACCUUUCAGAGUUUGACUGCCACUUUGGUCUGGUAGAGAUAAAAAAAAAAAAA